AUGAAUUACCAUUCAUUUUGUUCAAAUAUUAUUUCUAAUGAAUCAGUAAAAGUUUAUCAUGAUUUGGAAAGUGUUAAGAUUACAUUUAAAAAUUCUGUUAUUGCACUAUGUUGUUUAGGAAUUUUUGGAUCUAUUUUAAAUAUAUUUACAUUAAGAAGUCCAUCAUUACAAACUGUUCCAUUUAUGUACAUCAGAUCUUUAGCUUUAUUUGAUUUGAUAGCAUUAAGUGCUGUACUUGUUCAUUUUGUAAUAAUAAGUAUUAAACAUCCAAAUGCUAUAAUUAAUUUUUAUAGAUCUCAUGUUGAGGAUGUUUUUAUAAAUUCAUUUUUUGCAGCUGGUCUUUAUUGUGCUGUAAUGCUAUCAAUAGAACGUUACUCAUUAAUUACUAAUCCAUAUAAACAAAGAUUAUUUAAACCAGAAAAAAAUGCAAUAUUAAAAAUAUUUUCUGUAUUAUUAUUUGCAUUUUUAUUACAUCUUCCAAUAGCAUGGCAACACUCUAUCAAGUAUGAUUCAAUGGGUAAUUACAUAAAAGGAAAUAAUCAAGAAUUAUUAUGUCAAGAACCACAUUGGAUGAUAUUUACAUAUUAUAAAAUAGGAAGAGAAUUUAUUCGAGGAGGAUGUGUUAUUGUAUUAAUAGCACUUAAUAUGAUAAUCGCAGGAAAAUUAAAAAUUGUUCAAAGAAAUCGUGAAGAUUUAGUUAAAAGAUGUAGUAAUGUUGGACUAGUAAUAUGUACAAAUUCAUCAUUUGCCAUUAAUGGAUCUAUAAGUGAAAUAAAUAAAAAAAAAGAAUUAUCACCAUUAAUAAAAUCAUUUGUUGAAAGAAAAGUUACAACAUUAAUGUUUUCUAUAUGUUUAAUAUAUGCAUUAGGAAAUUUACCUCAAAUGGCCGUAAUGCUUUUGCAAAAUGAACAAAUGGAAACGCAAUAUUCAUUUCAGGUGUUUCGUUAUAUUGCAAAUUCAAUGGAAGUUUUAAAUCAUUGUCUUAAUUUUUAUAUAUUUUGUAUGGCAUCAAGUGAAUUUAAACGCGCAUUUUUAAAUCAUUGUCUUGGAAUUAAAGAACUUCUAAAAAAAUUCCCCUUAUGCAGGUCAUUUUUUAAAACACAAUGUUAUAUAAAUUCAACAACAAAUAUUCCUGAUAUUGUCACAACAAGCCCAGAUAUUCGUAUUGGUUAUGUAAAAGAAGAUUGUAAACUUAUUGAUGAAAGUUCAUGUCAAUUGACAAUAAAAAGUGAACAAGAAAAAAAUGAUGAGGUAAAAAAUAUUAUUAUUUAUUCAAAGACAGAUCAUUAUAAUAAAAAUAAUCAAGAAAAUUGUUUAUAA